UUCUCAAAUUUUUUCUACAUGUCAUCUAACAACAAUAUAAAUAUAGCUACCUGGCCUGCACCUUUCUUCCCAUCUAGAUGCUCUUCUUCCUCCUCAAAUUCAGGUUACUCAUGCCUUUCCACUUGUAACCAUAUGAGAUCAACAGAUAUGGGCAUCUCAGUGAACGGCCAGUCCUGCGUGCCGCCAGGCUUUCGCUUCCAUCCGACCGAGGAGGAGCUCUUGAACUAUUAUUUGAAGAAGAAGGUGGCUUGCCAGAAGAUCGACUUGGAUGUCAUACGUGACAUAGAUCUCAAUAAGCUAGAACCAUGGGACAUACAAGACAAGUGCAGAAUAGGAUCAACCCCACAAAAUGAGUGGUAUUUCUUCAGCCACAAAGACAAGAAGUAUCCGACCGGCACCCGGACUAACCGAGCGACGGCAGCUGGGUUCUGGAAAGCCACCGGUCGUGAUAAGGUCAUCUACACCCGCUUUAAACGGAUCGGCAUGAGGAAGACACUGGUCUUUUACAGUGGCAGAGCACCCCAUGGCUUAAAAUCCGAUUGGAUCAUGCAUGAAUAUAGACUUGAUGACCACCUUGACACCAAUACUUCUUCUUCCAACGCCUCUAGCCUUGCUGGUGAUGCAACGACGCAGGAGGAAGCAUGGGUUGUUUGCCGUGUAUUCAAGAAGAAAAGUUGUCAGACUGCGUUUGCUAAUCCUCACAGCAACUCAUCCAUCAUCAGCAACUCCAGGACCCAGCUGCUGCAUUCUUGCGAUGGUGAGCCUUUGGACCAAAUCCUCCAGUAUUUAGGAAGAUCUUGCAAGCAAGAAAGCGAUGCGAUCUUGAGCAUCGACAACAAUAUGAAAAACAAGGAUUAUGUUAGGCCAAUUGAAACUGCUUUAAGUAACAUGAAACUUCCCACUCUAGAAAGUCCAAGUCUUCAAUCACUCCCCAGUUUUGCACCUGAAGUUGAUCCUGAUGAAAAUAAAGAAGCGAUCAUGGACAUGGAAGUAGUGUGCAAUUCCAUGAUGGCCUUCAGUGACUGGCCAUCGAUGAAUGAGGAGAUCAGUGGAUCCCAGAUUGGAUCAGGUUCCUCUGAGGCACCCAAGCAGACACCCUACAUCAAUGAACCCAGCUUUGGGUCUCCUCCUUCCAAUGGACUCUUCAGCAACUCGCAUGACUGUCGCUAUGGAGAUGGUGAUCCGUGGUCCUUCAUGCAAUCGGUGUCAUCCGGUUCGGACUACAUGUAACAUAACGACCCAACAACUUGCCAGAAAUCUCUAGAAAGUGGAUGGAAUACAUCGUUCUUAUCAGUAAAUUAAGCCACCACUGUAAGAUAGUCACCCAAUAUUUAAGUGUAUAGACUGUAACUAAGAGAGGAGGGUGUGGGAAUGAUAUGGCAUUAUGGAAACCAUUAUCUCUUGAUCCAGUGUUGCCAACCUUACUGAUGUUAUGGUGGCAAGAAAAAAUGAAAAAUUUUGUAGAAGCUGAGUUAUUGGUUGCUUUUUGAGAGAAUCAUAUCAUCCCAACUUUUCGGUUAAA